AUGAGGACGACGAAAAUAAAAAAAAAAAAAAAAGGAAAAAUAAGGAGAGAGAAAAAAAAAAACGAUAAUGUUGUUGUUGUUGUUGUUGCUGUUGCUCCGGGCGUCACUCUAUGGAAAUCCAGGAGUAAAUUGGAAAAAUCCCUUCUCGUCAUCGUCGGUAUUUUAGUUUUAUUAAUUUUCAUAUUCAUAACGAUACUUUCGUCGUCCGUGUCAAAUUCUGGAGUGACCGUUUUACACAUAAGAUCUCAUAACAAGGAUGAUGUUUGUCUUAAACCGAAUUGCAUCAAGUCGGCAGCACAUAUUAUAUCCUCGCUGGAUUUGAAUAUCGAUCCGUGCGAUGAUUUUUAUCAAUUUUCAUGUGGAGGGUGGGUUGCUGAAAAUCCCGUACCGGAUGGAAAAUCGAUAUGGGGAACUUUUGGAAAAUUGGAACAACAAAAUCAACUCAUAAUAAAACACAUUUUAGAAAAACCUUCGACCGAAUUUAAAUCGGAUGCGGAAAAAAAGGCAAAAAUUUAUUACGAAUCUUGUUUGGAUUCGAACGAAACGAUCGAAAGAUUGGGAGCUCAACCCAUGUUGGAUCUUUUAAACGAAGUCGGAGGUUGGAAUUUAUCAGGGCCUUUCAAUUUAUCAAAUUGGUCAUUGCAGAAGACUCUUCACCUUUUACACAACGAGUACAACAUGGGGGGUUUGUUUUCUUGGGCCGUGGGAGAAGAUGAUAAGAAUUCGAGUCGAUACGUCAUACAAAUCGAUCAGGGUGGUUUAACGUUACCCACGAGAGAAAAUUAUUUAAAUAAAACGGCGAACAAAAAAGUUUUGGAUGCUUAUUUGGAUUACAUGACGAAGGUGGGAGUACUUUUAGGAGGUAAUCUCACUUCAACUCAAGAACAAAUGAAAAACGUUAUAGAAUUCGAAACGAAACUUGCGGAAAUCACGCAACCGGAAGAAGAUCUCAGAGACGAAAUGAAACUUUAUCAUUUGAUGUCGAUAGCGGAUUUGCAAAAAAAAGCACCUUUUAUGUCGUGGCAACAGUAUUUUGCAAACGCAAUGGAAAAAGUCAACAGGCCGAUAACUUCAAAAGAAAUGGUUGUCGUACACGCUCCGGAGUACCUACAAAAAGUUUCGAAUUUGGUUGUCGAGUACAUGAAGACUGACGACACGAAAAUAACUUUAAAUAAUUAUUUGGUGUGGCAAAUGGUUCGAAGUUUGACGUGUUGUUUGCCGAAAGCAUUUCGAGAUGCUCACAAAGGAUUAAGAAAAGCUCUGAUGGGAUCCGAUGGAGGAGAAGAACCUUGGUUGUCUUGCAUUACGGAUACAAACAACGUCAUAGGUUUUGCAAUAGGUGCCAUGUUUGUCAGACAAGUUUUUCAGGGGAAUUCAAAGACUGUGGCUGAAAAUAUGAUAAGUGAAAUAAGAAACGCUUUUUUAGAUAAUUUGAAAAAUUUAACUUGGAUGGAUAAAGAAACGAGAAUGGCUGCGAUAAAUAAAGCCAACGCCAUAACCGACAUGAUAGGAUUUCCCGAAUUUAUUUUAAAUCCACAACAACUGGAUGAAAAAUACAAAGAUUUAGAAAUAAAAGAAAAUGAAUAUUUCAUGAACAACAUAAGAGUGAAUCAGUACAAUUUGAAAAAAAACAUUGAAAGAUUGGAUCAAAUCGUUAACAAAACGAGAUGGGACAUGACUCCCUCGACGGUGAACGCAUAUUACACGCCGACGAAAAAUCAAAUUGUUUUUCCAGCCGGAAUUUUAAGAUCUCCAUUUUACGACGUGAAUCAUUCUUCGAGUUUAAAUUUUGGUUCUAUGGGAGUCGUCAUGGGUCACGAACUCACACACGCAUUCGAUGAUUUGGGACGAGAAUACGAUCAGUUUGGAAAUCUUCACAAAUGGUGGAAAAACGAAACGAUCGACAAAUUCAAAGAGAAAACAAAUUGUGUCGUUAAACAAUAUUCAAACUACGAAAUAAAUGGGAGACACUUGAACGGAAAGCAAACCCUGGGUGAAAACAUAGCAGACAAUGGUGGACUCAAAGCGGCUUAUCACGCGUAUUUGAAACAAGAACAAAACGAAUCCGAUCUUCCUCUUCCUGGACUCAAUUUAACACACAAGCAAUUGUUUUUCCUUAGUUUUGCUCAGGUUUGGUGUUCGAGUUCGACAGCCGAAGCGACACUUUUACAAAUCGAAAAAGAUCCUCAUUCGCCGUCGAAAUUUCGCGUUAUCGGACCUUUGAGUAACCUUCGGGAAUUUUCAAAAGAAUUUAAUUGUCCACCCGGAUCGAAAAUGAAUCCGAUCGAAAAAUGUGAUAUUUGGUAA